AGAACAAACAUCAUCCCUUCCCAGCUGGACACCAAGCCACUUGGAAUAUUGAGAAGGGCAGCAACACUGUUUUGGACAUCACAGCAGCAGACACAUCUCCAUCUGCCAAGCAGACCAUUUGACUUGUGAGGACAUGGAUUUGGUACGAGCACAACCGGACAACCAGGCAGGGAAAGAUGGAGAGGCUGGUGUUGAUUUGCAAAGCGACAUGGAUGACGUGCCUCUGGGUGAAGGUGGACAGCUACAAGACACAGACCUGUCGGCUGCAGAAAGGGUGUUUUUGAAAAGAGUUCCCUAGGUGGAAACGGGAUCAAGAAAUGGCCAUUAGACAGCUCCAGCCCUCACAGAUGACAUUGACACAGCCCACAAAAGCAUCACCCAGGCCAAAGCAGUGGUCAACUCCACCUCUGUCGCCUCUGGACUCAUGAGCCUCCUGGGUUUCGCCCUGGCUCCAGCAACAGUGGGAGGAAGCCUGCUUCUCACAGCUGUUGGCCAAGUUUUGGAGUAGCAGCAAGGGUCACCAGUGUUGUAACUGACAUGUUGGAAAACUCUUGCAAAAAAAAAGCCCGAGCUCAGGCCAGCAGCCUAGUGCCCACUGGUCACCAGGAGCUCAAGCAGGCGGGGGGAGAGAAGACAUCCUACAUCAGAGCUGCCAGUAAGAUUGUCUACGAUUGUGGAAGCGCUUUGGAAAUCAUCAGGAAGCACACCCAUGCCUUUCGACAAGCCAGAGCCCACCCACACCUGGCCAUUGCAGCCAAGCAUCUCCUGACCACCGGCCAAGUCUCAGGCCGACACAGCAGGCAGGUACAAAAGGCCUUUGGAGGCACAGCACUGGCAAUGACAAAAAAUGCUUGCAUGAUAGGAGGGGCCGUGACCGCCUUAUUCCUUGGCCGGGACUUGGCUGCUGUCUCGAAAGAUUGGAAGCAACUGAAGGACGGACCGAGAGCAGAGCUGGCGGAAGAGCUACGGGGGCACGCUCAAGAGCUGGCAGAGCUGGUGAUGGAAAGCGAGUACUAUUACCAGAGACUGCGGCAGAAGAAACUCUUGCAAGAAAAAACGACUUAGGAGCUAACAUUUGGAGUGUGCCAUGGAGGCCUUGGGACUCUGAGUGCAGUAAAAGGUGACCAGGCUGGGAAGCAAGACUGGCAGAGGAGCUACCUGGAAACUCGCCAACUGGGAGGUCCAAGUGGGCUUCUCGGUCUGAAAGAGCUGACCUAAGGUACUGUCAGCUCCACUAACGAAACUCCCUCAUCCCGUACUCUAACUUGACUGCUGCUGCCACUCUGUGGGUGGGGGAUCUGUAGUCACUCACUUACACACACCACCAGUUGCUUUAGAAGGUAUUCUGCCAGCCUCUAGAGUAAGCGACCACAAGGCAGGAGGGUCCCUGAGGGAGAGUCUCCUGUCCUCUCCUCCAUGUCAACUUUUCCAGCAGGUCGCCUCUCUGUGUGCUCUUCCUCCCU